AUGUUCAAGUUAGUAAUCAUAUGUUUGAUUCCACUUCUGGUGAAGUCUUUUAUUGAUCGAAACGGCUCUCCUCCAAUUUGUCUUUCGGAAACUAACAAUGCUUGUCAAGAAGAAAUGAAGAAGAAAAAUGAAACUCUGGGAAGAAUUUCUCACAUAUACCCUCCGCUAACAGAUUCGCUCAAAAAUUAUACGGAUCAAUGUCGUAAUGUUAUGGAAUGUGCGUCUGGGCUCGAGUGCUUCAAAGGGAAAUCGCAGAGGGAAAUUUUUGAAACGUCUUGCGAUGAUGUCGGCACAAGACGGUACGAUUUCGAUUCAUGUCUAUAUAAAAUUGUGACGAAGAUUCACUCAAAUGAUCACAACUGCACAGGAGGGUUUAGUUUUGAAAACUUAUUCACUGCUGAUACAAUUUUCAAGACGGAGAAAACAUGUGUAUUGAACAUUGGCCAGGGUGUCUGCAAAACCGAUGAUUUCAAUUUUUUACAAGAUAACUACGAUGGAUUGAUUGAACUAUAUACAAACAACCCUGCUUCGGAUAUUGAUCGAUGGGAUCAUCCCAGUGAAAAAUUCUACAGAAUGCAUUGUGAUGUUUUACGAAGUGAUUUUGUACAGAAAUCAUUGAAUAUUAGGAUAUUAUCUGUCAAUCAGAAAAAUGCUGAUGUUCAAAAAGUUUUAGAGAUUGGUCAAUCCGCUCAGAAAUGCACACAAAAAUACCUCCUUGUUCAAAGUAAUGAUCAUUAUUACAAAAUGUACAUGAAUGUGCAAACACUCGUUGCAGUUAUGACAGAUAUUUUCAAACAUCGUCCGAGACUGUUUGAAUAUCGGUGUCUUACCUCGUUCAGUUGGUAUGAGUUUUUCGGUAAAGUCGUGGAGUGUAUCGAUGUUGGAGACGCAAAGAAAUGUGUAUUGGCUUUGAUCACAUUACGUUGUCAAAAAGAAAUGAUGGCAGAUUUCAAAAAUCAGACAGCGACUACGAUACCACGUAAUGAAUCGAAUGUUCCGGUCUUUUCAUUUUCAAUGUAUAAGAAUAACGAGAAGCACAAAUUUGUAUUCACCAUGAACAAUAACUCAAUAUACUUCUGA